AUGAAGGCCGGCUUCUUCAUCCAGCUCGCCUUGGCGAUCAUGUUCGGCCUGGUUGCCGGACUUCCUCAGUAUGGCCGCAACGCCCUCGAGCCGCGUGCUUACGUCACGACUGUCGAGGUCGUUACUGUUACCCUUCCUGCUGUCAUCGUCCAUGUCCACGGUACUAGGACCACUUGGGUUGAGACUCUUGCUCUCCCGACUUCGACUACCGAUUCCGAGCCUGGUAUCACCUCUACUCUGCCUCUGAUGUCUACGAGCGAGGCUUCAUCCGCCGUCCUUGAAUCAUCGAGUUCGGCGCCUGAGGCUCCCAUAAUUGGUGAGACCGUCUCGAGCUGGUCGAUCACUUCCUCGCCUACUGAGAGCUCCACUCCAACUCCGGCUCCCCCUACUACACUGAAUUCGCUGUCCUCCCGCGCGUACAGUGAGCCGUAUUUCCCACAGUUUCCCACUACUACUCCUACUUCCGUAGCCAGUGGUUCUGACGGAGACGGCUUCGGCAUUGGCUACAACCCGUACAAUGGAGAUGGCACCUGCAAGGACCAUGACUCCAUUACUCAAGAUAUCAACUCUCUCAAGGGGUAUGGUAUGGUCCGCCUCUACGGUACCGAUUGCAACCAGCUCGACGCUGUCGUGCCAGCCGUCAAGAACUCUCCUGGCAUGAAGCUAUUCCUUGGCAUUUGGCACUGCGAGACAACCGACGUCGCCAUGGCUGAGGCCAAUACUAUCGUCAAUGCAGUCAACAACUACCUUGACGGCGACUGGAGCUUGAUUCACACCGUGAGCGUUGGCAACGAGGUCAUUGAUCGCGGCGAGGCAAGCGUCGACUCCCUUCUUGCCACUCUCAAAGCAGUCAAGAAUAUGCUCCGCCCCUUCGGCGUCCCGGUCGUCACAGUCGAGACCCCCGGUGUAUUCCAAGGUGUUGGCAAGUCGCUCUGUCAGGCAUCGGACUACACCGCUAUCAAUGCUCAUCCUUUCUUCGACAAAUCUGGAUCCUGGACGGACCCCAGCCGUGCUGGAGAGUUUACCGCUGUGAUGGAGAGUAUCCUCGGGGACUGUGGUCACGAUCGUACCGUAAUCGCUGAGACGGGAUGGCCGCAUGGCUCUGACCUAGGCUCGGACUAUUUCAGUAGCAGGAACCUACCCGUACCUAGCCCCGAGAACCACCUCGUUGCCAUCGACUCCCUCAGGAAGGCAUACGCCGAUCGUAAGCAGAACCUUGUUGUCUUCUCCGCGUUCGACGAUCUCUGGAAGAAGGACACGGACCUCACCAUGGGUGUUGAGCACUACUGGGGCAUCCUCAACUAA